AUGUUUUCUGUUGCAAAUGAACUCCAGCCACCUACUUGGUUGCCUACAGUGGCGAUGGUGACACGAGGAGGCGACAACAGCAGCACCAACAUUUGCAACGACAACGUUUUGUCUUCGUUGGUCAUUAGGCAGCAGGGCGAAGUGGUGGUGGCGUUCCGGUCGCGAAGUGGCGGCAACAGUAGCAGUAGGGUUCACAGAAGCAACACCCGACAUAGUGGGGGGGGGGUUAUUCCGACACCAAUGGCAGCUAGGCGGCUGACGGAUUCACCGACGAUUGGCAGCAGGCGACGUCUAACUGAAGAGGAGAAAAAGAAUUGGUGGCAGCAACAGAUGUCAGUUGAUCGGAGCUUCCACCGGUUGGAGAACGAGAGGAAUUUCGGUGAUGGCGGCUGA